AUGCUCAAGAAACCACUCAAACCGGUUUCAAGGGCUUGUUUGGAAUGUCGACAGCGACACCUCAAGUGUGACGGAAUAGAGCCUGUCUGUACGCGAUGCAAAAAAUUGGGGAAAGAAUGCUUCUUUGUCAAGAGUAAUCGAGGCGGGUCAAGAAAGAAAGGAGUAAGCACUAAGAAACAGAAGGUGAAGCUAGAGCCAGAUAUUGAUAUUGUUCUUCCUUGUGGAAAGAUGGCCGACCAGGUGGACUGCGACCAAAAGUGUCGCUCGGGAAAAGCAAAAGAUUUACUUCCAUGUGCCCGUCAUGAAGAGGUUGACUUCUACCCGAAGUUCAACUCGUCCAAAGACAGAUUGGUACUCGACGUUUUGUUCGAUGAGAAGUACCUCACUACGCCAGACCAGUAUUACAUCACGCCCACGUUGACCAAAAAUCUUGAUGUUGAAACGAUCAUCAGCAAUUAUUACUCGAGAUUUCAUUACUGCCACCCCUUCAUGCCGCAAAAAGAAGACAUUAGAGAGUAUCUGGAUAGCAUUCCACAUAAGUUUGACAUUCUGCUGGCGAUGAAACUCAUCGGCGAUGGCCAAACACAAACCACCUACGCGAAAGAUGUGGAAACGGUGAACUACCUAGUGACCAAUAUUCUUGAUUACUCCAAGCAAGUUGGACGAGAUUUCGUUACCUUGCAGUCUGUUUUGCUGCUAGCAAUGGCAUCCCACAUAUCUUCUUUGCACGACAUCAGUCAUAGUCUGUUGCAGUGUGUCGUUUCUCUUGCCCUGGAGCUCGAACUCAACAUGGUUGACCGCGAUGCCGUUCCCGAAGUGUUUAUGGACGUGAAUGGCUUCGUUACGGAAAGAGACCCGAGAACGAAUGGACAUCUGGAUGUAAUUGAAAAAUUGCUUUCGGCCUCCCGCACAUCAAAAAUAUCUCGCUCCGUCAUGGAAAACACCGCGAGACGAACAUUUUGGGAAUUGUACUUCUUUGACACGAUAAGUGGCACCGCUUCCGGCAGAACGACUUCGGCUCUUUCAACGAAAACGGUGCUUACCUUGUUCCCCAAGGAUAUCCCUCAGAAGGUGUUUGAUUUCAAAAGCCGAGCUGAAUGCUGCAAAUUGGUGAAUGACUCCAUCAAACUUAAUAUGGCCAUUCAGGACGACAAAGAUUACAAAAAGGACUUGCAACACAUGAAGGCCGCCAUAGGCAAUUGGGACUUGAGGAUUGAGGAUCCAGACUCGUAUAAUUCGCCGUACCUGGUCAACUCUAGCGGAUUCGUCAAUGAAGGUGUUCACCAAGCCGUCAUGCUUGUGAACUACGCAAAAAUUUUCAUGCACAGACCGUUCUCCUAUCUCUGGCGAACGGAUGUGACAAGAAAGUCAAAGGAUGGGGAAGAUGAUGGUAAAGAGCCUCAUCUUGAUGCUCCCGCAAGACACGAAGCAGACUCGCGAAAAAUCAUUGAGACCAGAAGAACAAUUGAUUCUGCUUCGUCUGUGGUCAAACUACUCCUAGACACCAACCCAGCUAAGAUCCUGGACAGAACGCCUUUUUUUGCUUGUUCAUUAGCGUUCUCCUGUUUGGUUCACCUGAGCGCAUACUCCUGGGUUGAGACAAGCCUGUCUGCGGUCAAUAAAAAUACUAAAGGACUCGCUUUGUUACGUGACAGUGUCAGCGCAGAUGAGCUGGAAACGUACACCGAGUACAUCAAACUCGAGCUGGGAGGAAUAUUUCAGAUUUCCAGACAUUGGGCAUUAUCGUCUAAACUUGUCCAGCAUAUCAAAGAUACUUUGAAAAAAGUAUCACCAAAACUAUUUGUUAAAGUGCAGGCAAGUCUGCCUGAGUCGCAUACGCAUGUGGAGGUGGAUCCCGUGGUCCCUGAAGAGAAAUCCGCCACGUCUAAUAGCAGUGACAGCAAUAAUUUUCCUACGACUCCAUUUUACGACCUACCAGUUGACGAAAUCGACUUCAAUCAGUACGAGGCAGGAUUUAUGGAUCUGCCUUUAGAAGGGCCGGAGCCCGACACCGGUUGUGGCUGGGUCGACAAAAGCGGUUUCGAAUUCGAAGAUUUCCUUGUUCAAUAAGUUUAUUUAUGCAUUUCUGGAAAGCGGAGCAACCAGAUCCAACGACCGGUUCAAAAUACCUUCUAUUCUGCCACGCAGAGCUCCCGAUGCGCAAGUGACCUCGAAUGUGGAGUAGUCGAUUUUGGCCGAGUUCUUGCCUAUUUGUAUCGUUCCACAUUGCUUCUCAGCGUCAUGUUUGAACGAGUCUCCGAACUGGGCAGAUAAGAGUUUGGAUAUUCUUGCAAGCCGGGCUUCGCGUGAAUACUCGUCUAGGACAUCUUCCUCUUGCUUGAGGUCAUGAUCGUGGCUGUGUGAUUUGGAUGAGAUCUUCACUGACGCAGGCGACGAAUCGCAGCUCAUCAGAAUGGCAAGAACAGAGUCUGCUAUAGUAUCGUCAACCAUGCCCGAAUUCCAUUCAACAGUGGCAGUUGACUCUUUGCUCUCCAGUGUGAUCUUGACUGCGCUCAUCACCUUCACUACAUACUCGUCGUCCUCAUCGACCAACUCCUGAAUAUAGCCGAACAUUUGUGUCAAUUGCCAUUUGAUAAGACUUUUUGUAGCUGUGCAUCUUAGUGAUUGUCUCUGUCGGACUACAGUGGUGGUCAAUCCCGCAAACUCUCUUAGGUCUUCGAUUUUCAGUAAGCUCAGAUCGAAGUUCUUCUGGACGAGCACACCAUUGAUAGUAUCAUGUUCUUUUGGAAGAGAGGUGGCCAGUUGGCCCAUCACUUUGGCCACCUUGAUUCCCUCGAAGCUUAGUGACAGCUUGCUGCUGUUUCUCGGAUUGUACACCUUGAUUUCGUUUUCCGUGCCUUUGAACUUCUGAUAUUUGGACAGUAGAGCAGACUUGAGUCUACCCAUCUGGUUUGUUUCACCAUGAACCAAAAUGAUGGCCUUUGGAUUCACCAGUUCGAUAAAUUUGGAGUUCUGUUCGUAAUCAACGUGCGCAGCAAAGGAUAUUUCCUCUAUGUUGAUUUUUCGCGGUAUCAUAACGUCUGGGUUUAUUAUGGAGGGGAUCUCACUAGGCUCAGUGAGCAAUAUUUUGGCCAUUGUUCCUUCCACAGAGUAACCGGUCAAAAUACACGAAUUACGAGGGUCAGGACUCCAUUUUUCCAACAUCUUCCGCGAAAUGCCGUUUUGCAGCAUACCUGGCGAGGCAAUAAGCACAGACGAGUCCAAAUCGUUGAUUUUCUCAAUGUUUGUAAUGUUUUUGAUGUACUUGAAAUGGAACGGAUUUUGGUUGGUUUCUGUGAAUUUUUUCCGGAUACUGUCAUUCAUCAUGUUCACAUACCGCUGGUAAACAGCCAUACACUUCUUUGCGAGAUCGGAAGCAUAAUAAAUAGGAACAUUUUGUAAUUCUGGGUUGUUCUGCCAGUAUUCGUCUAAUAUGAGCAAAAUCUCUUGCGCCCGACCAAGAGCAAACACAGGCAGCAAGCACCUGCCUCCCUGCUGAAUAGUAGAAUGUAUAACAUGGGUUAGCUUUGCUUCUCUCUCCACUCGAGGAACGUGAGUAGCAGUACCGAAGGUCGACUCUGUGAUCAGAAGAUCUGGUCUAGAUGGCGGGAGCUCAGCAGAGCUCAAAUGUCUAUCUUCUUCUCUCGAGUAGUCUCCAGUGAACAGGAAUUUGAGGCCUCCAAGCUCGACAAAGAACAUAGCUGCUCCCAGAACGUGGCCCGCAUGGUAAGCCGUGAAUCUGAUACCUUCGACCUCAAUUGUAGAAUGGAAAUCAAUAGUUUCGAUUCGGUCAAGAGAUUCGUUGAGAUCCUCGUCCGUAUACAGAAAGUUGGCAGAGUUUUCGUCGUUGUCGUCGGCAAUACUAGUCACCCUCACAAAAUCGUUUAGUAGCCACUUGUAGAUCGCCUUUGUUGGGUAUGUCAUAAAAACACGGCCUUUAAAGUUCGUGUGUUGCAUGACGUACGGCAAAGAUGCCGCAUGAUCCAAGUGGAAGUGACUAAUCAGCAAAACAUCGACUUUGGAAAGGUCAAAGUCGUCGUAGAAAGGCAGCGACUCUGCGCCCGAAAAGGCCGGAUGCACGCCAGCAUCAAGCAUCACGACCUUCCCUUUAUACUCUACAAUGUGGCAGGAAC